AGCAUCAAGCUACUUCCACUUCAACGAGUGCAGUAGAGUCCACAGUCAUUAUGGCCAUAACAUCGGGAAGAGGUGAUGCGAGGUGUGAAGUUGGAAUGGCAGCUGUAGAUGUUAAAUUUCCUCACUUGAUAAUAAGUCAAAUUAGCGACAGCCAAACUUACGUUAAUACACUUAUGAAAAUUCACUUGUUUAAUCCUGUUGAGAUCAUCAUGCCGGAGACAAUGUGUGGAGAAAACGAUCCUCGAAAGAAACUUUUUAGUACAAUUAAAGGCAAAUUCGAACAUAUUCAGAUCACACCAAUUCCCCGAAUGCAUUUCAACGAAGAAAAUGGACUAGAUCGCAUUAAAACGCAUUGCGCUAACGAAUUCUCGACGAUAGAAUUAUUCGUGAAAGAGAAGUAUUAUGCAUUGUCUGCGACUGCUGCUCUUCUUAGAUAUGUUGAGUACAUUCAACACUUAAUUUACGAGCCGAAGUCAUUAAAAAUUGAAUUUCAAGCUUCUCAGGGCGCGACUCUAAUAGAUGUGGAAAGUGCACUGAGUCUCGAAUUAGUCUCGAGUUAUGGCCCCCAGAGAAAUUACAGUCUUUUCUCAUCGCUGGAUAGAUGUGUGACUCCAAUGGGAAGACGACUUUUACGCUCCCAAAUUUUGCAGCCUCCCUGUGACGAUCGAGUAAUUAAACAACGACAAGCGUGUGUGUCUGAACUUGUCCAGAACAGGAAUCUCCACACCAUUCUCCAUCCAAUCGUAAAGCAACUAUUUGGCGCUGAUCGUCUUCUGGGUCUUUCAAUGCGAGCCAUGUUCAUCAGCGAAUGCGUGGAGACGGCAGAAAGAAAUUUAAACUACGUUUUGCUGUUAAAAACUAGUCUUGAAAUCAUCCCCAAUCUUUCUUCUGCUCUUAAUCCUGUCACGUCACCUAAUUUGGUAAAAAUUCGAGAGAAUUUGAAAGACCCUCGAUUCCAAAAGAUGAAGGAGCACAUUUUGCAAAUUGUCCAAAGUGAUGCAAGAUCUGUGAAUGGUUAUACGUCUGCAAAUAUGCAACGUUGCUUUGCAUUAAAAAGUGGAAUUAACGACAUGCUGGACGUUGCUCGCCAAACUUACUGCGAACUCAUUGAUCAAACACGAAUUUUAGUAGAAUCUUUGGGUCAAGAGCACAAUCUGCCUUUAGCAGUGGCAUGCAACGCUGCCUUAGGAUAUCAUAUUCGAAUGGACAUACCAAGACGCUUGAACUUUAACAUCAGCGAACUGCCCGAUAUUUUCGUAGAGGUUCAAAAAAAGAAAAACUGCCUUUAUAUGACUACCGAUUUGUUAAUGGCAUUGAGUCAGCAAUGCAAAGAUGCUCGCGAUGAGCUUCAUAUUAUGAGCAACUGUUCUAGUAGAAAUCUUCUAAGAUGUACUGCUUCCUUGGCUGCUUCACUCAAAGCCAUAUACUCAGCCUCGGUCGAUGAUAGAGCAACGAUAAAUACAACAAACACCCAAACAGUUGUCGAUAAGGUGGUUUCUCACCAUCUCCAUAAGACCAAGGUAAAGUCCAUUCCCAAACAGCGUUUGAGAUUCCCGACAUCCUUAACCUCGAAAAAUGUUCUUAGAUUGCAAACAAAUUUUACAAUCUCUUCACUGUCUUCGCACAUCAUAAGGAUAUCGUCAACGAGUUUGUACCAGACGCGUCUAGCUUGUUUUAGUCCAUACAGGGCUUUCUUCAUCAGGCGUACCUUGUCACCACGUUCCAGUUCAUUCAACAUGACUUUAGCCUUGUUACUUAACCCUUCCUGGCUUUCUCCCUUGCUGAUGAUGUACUUACGAACUUUUUCCAAUCCACUUGGAACUUCCAUAAAUACUGUUUCUUCUAGUAUCCUUGAAACGCUGAUAACCGUUUUGAGAGAAGACGUUGGUUGCCUUUUUCAACUUAGUGAAGACAUUGCAGAAAUAGACCUCGUUAUGUCCCUCGCAAGAAUCAGUGCUAUUCCUGAUUACGUAAAACCCACUUUUGGAGAAAGUCUUCGAGUACUUAACUCGAAACAUCCUAUUUUAGAUAUUUUCGGCACUGAACUUCCAAGACCAAACGACAUCGUACCUUCGAUUGCCUACAAUUUCCGUAACAUAACAGGACCGAAUAUGAGUGGAAAAACGACUUAUCUGAAGCAAGUGGUGCUCUUGAAUAUCAUGUCUCAAAUUGGAUGUUACGUGCCAGCGACGGAAGCGAAGAUUCGGAUCGUAGAUAGGAUAUUUUGCAGAUUGUGUCCUUCUCACGAAGACAUCGAAAGCAAUGCCUCCGCUUUCGUCCAGGAGAUAAAAGAGAUCGAGUACAUCUUACAAUUUGUCACUCCGAGGUCUCUGAUCGUCCUGGAUGAAAUUUGCAGAAGCACGAAUGUGGAAGAAGGCUCAGCUAUUGCCUUCGCGAUUUGUGAAAAACUUCUUCAGACCACGGCUUUCAUUUUCAAUUGCACACAUUUUCUUUAUUUGACGAAAUUGACUGAACUCUACCAUAACGUUGUUAACCAUUACUUUGAAUGUGUGCCUAACGAAUUGGACAAAUGGGGAUUGAAGUACACUCACAAAUUGAGAAGUGGAGUGACCGACGUCGAAAAUUACGGUAUCUCUGCAGCUUCCGCUGCUCGAAUGCCGAAAUCAGUGAUCGACAGAGCCAAAAUGCUCGUUGAGCAAAUAGCUGCAGAGGUUAAGCCACUUCCAUUUACCAGAGCACCAGAACUUUCUUGGGAGAAGGAUUGUUAUGCCUGUGUAUCGAAAAUCAUGGAAUUGAUUAUCUCACAACAGUAUACUUAUGAGAACGUUCAACUCGCGAUAAUACCUUUGCGCAGCAAGAAACAUUUCCAAUUCUCCCAGAAGGAAAACAAUCCUUUAAUCAGCCAAAUUCUGCAGUCGAAUCAUCAAGAAAACAUGUCUGGAAACCUACAGAAGACUCUGAAUGCUGUUCACAUGAAGACGACUUUGACCCAUCAGAAUAAACCUGGACCUUCCAAAAUUGUUGAGAUAAAUCCCGAAAUUUCCACGUAUAUGGAGGGUAGAGUUGUGUCCGAUGUUCUUCAAAAUAAUGGAGCUUCAAAUCUUAUCCAAACGAACGAUGGAACUUUGAAAUCUUAUGAGAUCAAUGCUUCAAAUGUCCUCGAAAAUAAUACUGAAGCAUUUAGUGGUCACCAAAAUCGUGUAGAAUCGUCAAAUAUUCUUCAAAGUAACAAUGGAACUCUAAGCGUUCACCAGAUGAAUACUAUGGGAUACAAUUCUCUACAAUCGAAUGACGCUCUUCGAAAUGAUGAUCAGAUUGGAUUCAUCGCUCAUAAUCGCCUGCAACUUUAUGAAACUGAGCUUCAGAAAUCUAGUCAUCAGCCUUAUUUACAGGAAUCUAGUUAUCAGUCUUAUUUUCAAGACUAUGGUAAUCAGUCUCAACUUCAGAAUUCUGAACAUCAAUUUAAUCUUCAACAAUCUGAUCAGAAUAGUCUUUCAAAAUCUGGUCAUCAUCUGAUAGAACUGAUAACCUCGAAUAAUCAGAAUAUUUAUCAGCCUCUUGAAGAAUCGGAUCAUCUUUCCCAAAAAUUUAGGCAGUCUCAACAUCAUCAAUCUGGACAUCAGUUUCAUCUCCAACAAUCUGAGCAGGAUAAUCUUCAAAAAUCUGGUUAUCAGCAGAUAGAACUAAUAGUCCCGAAUGAUUUGAGUCUUCAGAAGUCUAAUCUUGAAGAAUCGGAUCAUCAAUUCCCUUCUCAAAAUUAUAAUCAUGGGUCUCACCUUCUUCAAUCUGGACAUCAGUUUAAUCUUCAACUAUCUGAUCAGUAUAAUCUUCAACAAUCUGAUCAGCAAUCCAAUCUUCAGAAAUCUGGUCAUCUUCAAAGGGAACUAAUAGCCUCGAAUAAUCAGAAUUUUCAUCAGUCUCUUGAACAAUCAGAUCAUCUUUCUCAAAAAUUAAGUCAGACUCAACAUCAUCUAUCUGGACAUCAGUUUAAUCUUCAACAAUCUGAUCAGCAUAAUCUUCAAAAAUCUGGUCAUCAAUCUUCCCAAAAAUCUAAUCGUCAGUCUCAACUUCAUCAAUUGAGUCAACUUCAUCAAUCGAGUCAACCCAACACCUCAGGAAAUCUAAACUACGGGACCUUUCUUCAGCAGAAAAAUAAUCCUCAAAUACCUGAUCCAAACUCCCCCUUCAAAGUACCAAUUCUGGCCAGACCAACUUCUAGUUAUCUCAUGGCCGCGCAAAAAGUUACACGACCUUGGAAAGAUAGUGUAAGUCCAACCGGGACAGACAUCAGCAAUUUUGCAUUUUUCAGAAAUGGAAGUAAGUCUCCUUCGAUCAGCUCAGGUUUGAGAAAACCAAGACCUUUGAAUAAAUCUCUCUCUGGAUUGCGAAAUUCGACUCUAGAGGAAUUUGGUUUUUCGCCAGAAAAAGCCGAGUCUGAUAAACGUUCUUCGGACCUGAAGGAUUUCGAGAUUAGUGAUUCGCAAGAUGAGGAUAAGAGUCGAAACAGCUUGAUAUCACAGAACUCGAACUUGUCAAAACUCAGCUUCUUAAAAGAGACAAAUUCAAAUAACGCAUCCUUCAAUUCGAAGAUUGCGAAAAGAAUUUGGCGACCCGAUCCAGAUGAUAUCACAAAAAAAUCCCAUUCCCAAACUUUUAAUUCCUCGCAGAUGAGCACCACUAAAGAUUCGAUCCAAAAAGAAAUGGAUUCUCGAAGUGUAUCGUCCAAAAGAUCAAAGAUUGAUCCAAAUAUCGAACACAACGUUUUCCCAGAUUUAAUAGCUGAAAAAACUCAAGACACUUUGUCGUCCUUCAACACCGCAAAAUUAAGUUUCUCUCUUGGAGUAAAUAAUUCUCAAAGAUCGCAAAUACACUCUUUCCAAAAUAAUGAAAAAGCACCAAGUGUUCGUCAAUCUCAAGAAAAACAAGAAAGCAAAGACAUUUUGAAAAAGAAUCAGGAAAAUGAAGUGAUUUCUUCUCGGGGAUAUUCAAUCUCAGACUUUGAGUCUCUUCUGGACGAAGACAGCGAAGAUAAUAUUUCUGAUCCUGAUGAGACUUCUGAAGCUCCGACACUGAAUCUAGAAUUUGAACAGAGCGUUGUGACUAUUUCGUCUGUGGAUACCUUGGAAGCUACAGAAAGUGCUCGAAAAAAAGAAGACGAGAUUUUUAAUCAGAUUGAGAAUGCGAACGACGAAGGAAUGUUCUUCCACAAAUUGUUUAAUAGUCCUCUCUCCGUAGCAUUUUCAGAUGAAUUAUGUUCCUGCAGCUAUGAAUCUACUCCGAACAAGUAA